AAAAAGUUAUUGGUGGGCUAUGCUUUUUAGGAUAUGACACUAAAGUAAAGAAGGCUAGCCUAAGAACUCACACUUUCUUCUUUACUCUUCUUCCCUACAAUUACGAUCGCCAAAAACCCUAAAUUUCUAAAAACUGCUUUUAUCUCCAAGAAGUUGAAAAAGAUGGAUCUUAGUGGUUGUAGAGAUAUAAUCAGUAGUUUACCAGAAGCCAUUAGUUGCCAUAUCCUAUCCUUCCUUCCCACUAAAGAAGCUGCUUCCACUUCGGUUCUUUCGAAAAAAUGGCGGUAUCUCUUUGCUUUUGUCCCUAAUCUUGAUUUAGAUGAAUCUGUUUAUCUGAAUCCUGAGAAUGAGACGGAAGUUUCUUCAAGUUUUAUGGAUUUUGUGGAUAGAGUGUUGGCAUUGCAAGGCAAUUCUCCAUUACAUAAGUUCUCUCUAAAGAUCGGAGAUGGCGUUGAACCAGACCGUAUCAUUCCUUGGAUAAAUAAUGUGUUGGAACGCGGUGUAUCCGAUCUUGAUCUACACGUGUAUAUGGAAACGGAAUUUGUGUUUCCUUCAGAGAUGUUCUUGAGCAAGACACUGGUUAGGCUGAAGCUAAUGCUAUAUCCUCUCUUGGAAUUUGAAGAUGUUUAUCUCCCGAAGCUUAAGACGCUUUAUAUUGACUCAUGCUAUUUUGAAAAGUAUGGUAUUGGGCUUACCAAGCUUCUUUCUGGUUGUCCCAUACUUGAGGAUUUAGUUCUUGAUGAUAUACCUUGGUGCACUUGGGAUUUUGCCUCGGUGUCUGUCCCAACUCUCAAGAGACUAACGUUUAGCACGCAAGUGCGAGAUGAGUUUCCAAAGAGUGUGUCUAUUGAUACUCCGAAUCUUGUCUACUUGAAGUUUACUGACACUGUUGCAGGCAAGUAUCCGAAAGUGAAUUUCGAUUCGCUUGUUGAAGCUCAUAUCGAUCUUAGAUUGUUACAGGGCCAUCAAGGUUAUGGUGAAAAUGAUAUGGUUGGCAAUGCAACAGAUUUUAUAAUGCGUAUAUGCAAUGUGAAGACUCUCUAUCUAUCUUCCAACACUCUUCAGGUACUUACUUACAGUUGUGAUGCUAUACCAAUAUUCAACAACCUGACUCAUUUAACCAUCGAGAGUAAUCCCGAAGUAGGAUGGCAGUCAUUGCCAGGUUUGCUCAAGAAUUCUCCAAAUCUUGAAACUCUUAUCUUCCAAGGCCUCAUCCACAAAGCCACCGAUAAAUGUGGAGACGUGUGCUUGUGCAAACCUCGUGAGGAGAUUCGCAGUUGCUUAGCAUCAAGUCCGGUGAAGGUUAUAAAGAUACUGAAAUUUGGUGAAAUCAGUGAUGACAUGGAGAAGCAGAGAGAGCAGAUCAAGUAUUUCUUGGAGACAAUGCCGAAUCUUGAGAAGAUGAUUUUGUACUACAAUACAACAAGUGUUGAAGAUGUAACUGAAGUUUCAAGCCGGCUUCAGAGGCUAGUUUCUAAAUUAGCUUCAUCGACGUGCAUUGUCCAACUAAUCUCUGAUAACCUCAGCUUGUCAUCUACUGUAUCGACAAAUGGGCUCCUCUGUUUCUAAAGGGUACCUCUUCGGUUUGAAGAUGAACCUCUUUAUCUCAGAGAUGAUUACCAAAGCUUAGGGAGUACCCUAGCUUGUCGUCACUAAAAUAAUCUUCUCUUGUUUCUGCCUAAUUAUGUUCUAAAGACGUGUUAUUUAGGCUUUGUCCUUAUUGACUUGCAAUGUUAACUUCAGUUUUUUCUUGUUACAGUUGGUCUGUUGUGUAAAAUGAUCUUGUAAGAGUAAUUGGUAGGAGUAAGCAGACAACAAAAGCUGAAACAUCCCUUUUGUGUAAAGAUCUGCAACAAAACCGAAUUAACAUUUUAUCUAAUCAAACAAAUAAAACAAUUAUCG